UCUGUGGCCACAGUGGUUUCUCAGCCCAGAUCUCAGGCGGAUGCCCUCCACCCCAAACCCUCUUGAGCGUUCGGCCUUUUAAAAAUUUGUUUGGGCAUGGAGAGUGUGUAAUACUUACACACAACUGCAGCUCCUGAAAGAGGCUGUCAGAAGUUACUCUUUCCCUGGCAGAAAUCACAGGAAUUGCAUUUACCUGUUUCCAUUAUUUGCCUUGACAACAACCUGCAGCUCAGAUGCGCAUUUGGUCUCAAACAGAGGUCCUGGCAGGCGAAGCUGCUGCUUGCUGACUGUUGACAGGAACCUGUGAGGUGGGAUGAUUUCUUCUCUCUAGAACCCUGAUGCUUUUUUGCCAUUCUGGUGGUAAAUGAUGAGACAAGCAACCAUGGAUUUCAGCACCCCGUCUGUGUUUGAUCAACAAAAAGGUGACUCAGCUGAGGAAGUUGACCUGAGCAUGGUUUACCAAGCAGCAUCCAAUGGAGAUGUCAAUGCUCUGACUGCAGUGAUUCGGGAAGACCCUUCAAUCCUAGAAUGCUGUGACAGCGAAGGGUGCACGCCCUUGAUGCAUGCGGUUUCCGGACGUCAAGUGGACACAGUGAAGCUGCUGUUGAAGAUGGGAGCCAAUAUCAACAUGCAGGACACGCAUGGCCGCACGAGCUUAUGCUUGGCAACCUACCUGGGUUGGCUUGAAGGCUGCGUGAGUCUGCUCAGAAAUGGUGCCAAGCACAACAUCCCUGAUAAAAAUGGUCGUCUGCCAUUGCAUGCUGCCACUGCUGAGCCUGAUGUGAGGCUCCUAACAGUGCUGUUACAACAGUCCAACCUCAGUGAGAUUAAUCACCAGGACAAUGAGGGAAUGACGCCACUCCACUGGGCAGCUUUCCACAAUCAGCCUCAACAUACCCAGAUGCUGCUGAAGAAGGGGGCAGACCCCACCCUUGUGGAUAAAGACUUUAAAACAGCUCUCCAUUGGGCAGUCCAGAGCGGAAAUAGAAUGCUGUGUUCCAUCAUCCUGAGCCAGCACCAAGGCCCUUCCAUCAUCAACUGUGAUGAUGAGAGCGGGAAGACGUGUGUGCACAUCGCUGCAGCGGCAGGCUUUGUCGACAUCAUUCACGACCUGGCGAGAGUCCCUGAGUGUAACCUACAGGCCCUGGAUGUGGACGACAGAGCAGAGCCCACUCGAUCCUUUCCUUCCCAGAACAGUAGAGCCCAUAAGAAGGAGGGGCGAUUCAGCAUGCUCAACCAAAUCUUCUGCAAAAAUAAGAAAGAACAGCAGAGAUCCUCUCAGAAGGAUCCCAGCAGGGACCGAUACUGGGGGGAAGACACCUCGGAAGUUGAUGACAUCAUCACCGCCUUUGACAGCAUCGUGGAAACCAACUGUCAAGAUCAGCCUGGUGACCAGGUGGCUAUGGUUGAGUUUAAGAAGAGGACUGCAGAGCAUUCAAAGUAUCUCUUACCAGAAAAGAAACCUCUGGCCCAGAAGGGACUUCCACCAAUCAGAACACAGAGUCUCCCACCCAUCACCAUGGGAAACAACUUCCUGACAGCUUCCCAUGGGGCUAUGUCCCAUGCUGGAUUGAGCUCUGGUCCUCAUCAGCUGGCCCAGCGAUCUCAGAAAAGUAGAAGCGAACAGGAUUUAUUAAAUAACAGAACUGGCUGCCAGACAUUGCUAGAGCACCCCUGGAGGGGUGAGUCAAAUCAAGUGUUCUCCUAUAAAGCUUGGACUGUGUCUUCUUCUGAUAAGUUACAAGACAGACUGCUCACUGACAGAUCUGGUUACCAAGAAAUCUCGGGGCCACUGCAUCUCCCUCAGCUAUAUAAUCCUUCCUCAGGACAAAAUGUUCAGCAUCUCUCCCCAAACAGACCCAAAAUCAGGGAUCUUCCUUUCACAAGGAACAACCUCGCUCCCCUACCAGACCAGAAAUUCCUCUCUGGAGAACCUCUGCGCACAAGCCGAGUGCUCCCUGCGAUCCCCUCCCACCGAGGACACGACACACCCACACCGGCUGACCCUGGUGCAAACACCGCCAAUGCCGCCAAUGGCGAAGCCUAACGGUGGGCCCCUGCCUGCCAGGAUAGGGAAGGGGAGUGCUUUCAACCCUCCACGGAUGCGAUUGCUUUCGCUUCUCGGAACAAAGACUAUUUUCGUA